AUGUCGCCAAUUGCGUCGCCGUCUAAGGGUGUUAGAAAGGAGUCUGGUGUUGCGAGGUUGUUGGGUUCUGGAUCCGCCGGUAUUGCGGAAUUGGCUGUUUUCCACCCUGUUGAUACUAUCGCGAAGCGAUUGAUGUCAAAUACUGGCAAGAUUAACGGCGUUGGCCAAUUGAACGCUGUUAUCUUCAAGGAGCACGCUGGUGCGACUCUGCCCCGCAAGUUCUUUUCCUUGUUCCCGGGAUUGGGAUACGCCGCGGGGUACAAAGUUCUCCAGAGAAUCUACAAAUAUGGAGGCCAGCCAUUCGUCAGGGAUUACUUGGGCCAGCACCACAACGAGAAGUUUGAGGCUGCCUUUGGUAAAGGUUCUGGAAAGGCUAUCAUGCACGCUACUGCUGGAAGUCUUAUCGGUAUUGGGGAGAUUGUAUUGCUCCCUCUUGAUGUCCUGAAGAUCAAGCGCCAAACCAACCCCGAGGCUUUCCGUGGUCGUGGAUUGUUCAAGAUCGUCGCCGAUGAAGGGUUUGGACUGUAUAGAGGAUGGCAAUGGACCGCUGCCCGUAACGCUCCGGGGUCGUUCGCACUUUUCGGGGGUUCCGCAUUCGCAAAAGAGGCACUUGGUCUUUCCGACUACAAUGCUGCCACCUGGACCCAGAACUUCAUUGCUUCUAUUGCCGGUGCCUCUGCUUCCUUGAUCGUCUCGGCGCCUUUGGAUGUCAUCAAGACCCGUAUUCAGAACAAGAACUUCGAGAACCCCGAGAGUGGUUUCAGGAUCAUUUCUAACAUGAUGAAGAAUGAGGGAAUUACCUCAUUCUUCAAAGGCCUUACCCCCAAGCUCUUGAUGACUGGUCCCAAAUUGGUGUUCUCUUUCUGGCUUGCACAAACCUUGAUCCCCAUCUUCGACAAGAAGUUGAUGUAA